AUGCCUACAUGCCUACCUGUGCAAAGCCAUGGACCUGGCUCGGCGCAGGGGGUGGCCGGCGAUGCUCGGGAGGACUUGACGACGCGCAAGCCUCGAGAUCUUCCGGCAGGCGAGCCUGUCGAUGAACGGACAGAGCGAAGCUCCCUGGGCAGAGCCCUCCGGCUUGGCCGGGAGCACGCGAAGGCUCAGGAGUACCAGAGGCUGGUCGAGAAGCUUUGCGCACCCCCCGCGCAGCCUGCAGGGCCAAGGCGCCCACGUGGUGGAGCUUCGAGCCGCAAGAACGCGGUGAAGAACGCUCCAGCCGCCCCGAGAAGGCCGGCGACCGGCUUCGACGGCGACGGGAACGAGGCUACCAGGUCUCCAUCGCCGCCACUGGUUGUGCACAGGCACUAUCACCACCACUACCACCACCACUACGUUCUCGAAGACGGCAGCCGUCCGGGUACCGAAGAGCGCUCUCACGCUCGCGAGGACACUGGCUGGACAAGCAACGCCCAUGCUCCGGAAGCAGGGGCAAAAGAUGAGGAUGCCAAGUCAGCUGAAAUGCAGCAUUUUCACCGCCACACUCACGUUGCUGAGGAGAUCACUGCUCGUGCUCGGAAGCUGCACGAUGCAGCUUGCGAGGCUCAGCUAGGCCAUUCCCACCAACAAGGUGCCCGACAUCCUGACGGCGAGAGUCCCGCUCUGGACGGGGUCCCUCAAAACAUCGCGGAGAUCGUGGAUGCCAGCCGAACCGGUCUUCAGGUUGCACGGACCAAGCGGGCUGCUCCCAACGACUUCCGGCCAAAUCGGAUGAUCAAGGGCAGCACCAGGACCUCUCGAGUGCUGCAACGAAGCUGUGCCUGGAACACGACGCACAAUCGAGAUCAGGUCAUGCAGGGUCGACAGUUCAGCGCCUUGGAGCAGCAGAAGCACGAGUUCAUGCGCAAGGUUGCAGCCGAGAGAAUCCAGAGGACUUGGCGAGCUUGGUACAAGUACUGCCAAGACAACUCGGAUUGGCUCGUGACAACAUGGAUAGCAGCGACCAUGAUCCAGGCAAGGUGGCGCUGCUAUCAUGUGAAGCGCAAGAAGUUGGACAAGGCUUCUACAACCAUCCAGAGAAUCAUCCGUGCCUUUCUGGUGCGUCGUUUGCUGUCAAAGCGGCGCAAAGCAAUCGUCAUCCAGCGGCAUGCCAGAGGAGUGAUCACUCGUAAUCGUCUUCGUGCGAAACAUCGGGCUGCCGUCAAGGCCCAGUCGCUCAUCCGGGGCUUCCUCGGAAGAAGACGUGUGAAAAAGAAACGUCUAGGCAUGGACCAGCUGGCUUUGACGAUUCAGUGUGCCGUCCGUUGCCACCAAGCGCGACGGAGAGUGCAGGUUCGGCGGGAUGCAGCCGCUGACGCAAAGGCCAGAGUGGCCGGAGCGGUCAACAUCCAGCGGAUUUACCGCGGCAUCCAAGGCAAGAGCCAAGCGCUGCAAAAGCUGGAAGAGUACAACACAGCUAUGGAGCAGCACAGAGCUGCAACAAAAUUGCAGGCUAUGGCGAGACGGGAUGCCGCCAUCAAAAGAGUGGACAAGAUCAGGUUGGACAAGUUCGAGGAGAUGAACAAGGCUGCCACGACCAUCCGCAAGCUGUGGAAGGGAAAGAAGACCCGGCGAAAGUACCAACAACUCAUGGAAGAGUUUGCAAGGCACGUCGACAACGUCAUCACCAUCCAGCGAUAUGCUCGCGGAUUUCUAGUGCGGCUCCGCAUGUGGCGACAAGCAGUCCGUGCGGAAGAAGAGUUGUGGGCCUCCUUGGAGAUUCAGCGUGUGUGGCGUGGGUACCUGGGCCGCGUGAAGUGGGAAGCUAAAUACGAGGAGGUUUGGCAGAAGGAAAUGGCUGCCGCCAUGAUCGAGAGAAACAUCCGUGGUUGGCUAGCCCGUGCCAAGGUGGGGCGCAUUCGCCGCAGAAUCGCGCGUGCCGAGUUCGAGCACGCUCGCAAGCGAUUCCGAGCAGCGCAGCGGAUCCAGGCCCUGGUGCGCGGAGUUCUCGUGCGGAUACGAUUUGUGCGGCGGUAUGCCAGAUGCAGGACUGCCGCUGUGCGCAUCCAAAGAGUAGCCAGAGGCCAUGCGCUAAGAAAGCGCUUGUGGCGGCAGGUGAAAGCACAGAAGGCCACCUACAUUGAGGCUCAUGCAAGAGGCUUCCUCGUCAAGCGACGCCGACUGCACCUGAUCGCCAGGGUGAUGCGCAUCCAGCGCGUGUGGAGGAGAUGGCUUGAGAAGUCACCAGAAGAUCGUGAUGCUGCCAUGGCUUGGAUCCUAGCUUUACACGGUAUGAGCCCAAGCGUCCCAUUGGACAUUCUGCCAGCAGCGACGAACCCAUGA